UGUACAUUUUAUUAGGCUAAUGCUAGUUUUACAGUAGAUCAAUAUCUCUACAUUAAGAAUUAUUGUGGUCCAAAGUACUUGAGAAUACAUGUAAACGUUAUAGGCUAUUAGUGACAGAGUCCAUGAGUGGAAAACCAAUACUUGUGCAUUUGUAAAUGUAUUUGUAAAAUAUCCCCUGUGCUACUUGUGACACAGUACUGGAUUAUAUAACACGUAUGGCAUUAAAAUACAGGCCUAAAAUAUAGAUUUUCCCAAAGUAAAAUACACUGCAGUGCCAUCAUGUAAAUAAAAUCAUCAUAACAGCAAUGGGCACAUCAUAAUCCCUCUUAGUUACAAAACAAGUGUUAUACAUCUUGUAAAUCCUGAACAUAUUUUGUAAAUCCUGAACAGUUGUAGGCUACUCUUACAAUCUUAAUUGACUGAUUCAUCCUACUCAGUGCUGUUUUAUCUUAUCUGAUAAUGUUGGUUAUGGUAUAUGGUUUACCAACAAAUUCAAAUGCUAACGUCUUUCUUUGCAGUUGUUGGUGGUUUUCAUCGAUAUAAGACAGAAAGAUUAAUGCAUUGUUAGAAUUGUAGUUUUACUGUAGUAUAGUCGUUUAAUAAUUUAAAUAGCUCUUAAGUUUUUGAUAGUUCUUGUUUAGCUAGUGUUCCGACAUACACUGAUAAAAUGAACUUUAUGGUAGAGUAAAAUAUAUUAACUCAAUUGUCAUAAAUUGUACAUUAUUAUAUUAAGUUUCAGUGUGUACUACAAUGUUUUGAGUAAGUAUUUCAAUAUAUACGCAUUUAAUUCAUGUAAUAAACUAAAUGUGUGGGAAGAUUACGUUUUAGCACAUAUUUAUUAAUACAAUUUAAAUGAUUUAGAGUCACUAUAAAUACACCAAAAAAUACUAAGUAAAUUUUAAUCAAAAACUAGCCCUUUCAUCUGCGCUUGCGCCCUUGGACUUGAGAAGAUACGCGCGAUUUUACUUCGGUCAGAGACGGUUGGUUCAGAGAAUGUAGAAGUGCUCUGGUUGGGUUGAACAGCAUCCAUAUGUUAUCUCUGUUCUGCUUUCCCAAGGCUGUGAUGUCUAACCCCAGUCAACUACGUGUCAUUAUUGAAGAGACUGAAAUUCACAAAUUAAUCCUACCAGAUGGAAUUCCUAGUACCUUAGACGAACUUUUGGCAGCUGCGAAGCAUAAUUUUGAUCUUGAAGGGAGUUAUGCAGUAAUGCAUAUGGACAAAGAUUUUGAUAACCAAUUCUUUACGUUAACAUCUACAGAUGUGGUCAACGACAAAGACACUAUAAAACUAGUGAAAACAGAUCCUUCUAUUAUUCUCACAUUGAGUCCCAUCAAUGAGCCUGCUGCUUCUUCUUCUCCAGUGCCACUUUCUUUCCAGGAUGACAGUUCCUCAGUUAGUUCAUCCGAUACCUUGAUGUUACCACUGUCCCCAGACUACAGAUCAGAACCGUGGCCAACUACUUUUGUGAUACCCACUUUUUCAUAUAAUGUCGAAAUCCCCCUUCAAGCAGGAAAUAAGGCUUAUGAAAGUGAUGGCUCACUCCUUCAAAAUCCAAGCAUGAACUCUGACGUACUUGAGAAACUUGCUGAAGCUAUAUUUCAGUACACUGCCUAUCCCACUGGACGUCAAAUACAGGCAGUUGUAGAAGCCCUGUUGGCAAAGCAUCCUUGCCUAAGGGAGCCUGGAACUUCAUAUUCAGGCAUGUACGGGUGGCAGCAGCGUCUUAAAUACAAGAUGGCAAAUUUCCGUUCUAAACUGCGAAGGCGUGAAGUACAUUGUCCUGAACUUGACAUCAACUCAUUGAAAAGGAAAUCUCCUGGGGAGAAAAAUCCAGCCAAAAACUGUAAGAGACCAAAGAGAGCAGAGGUAAACUACCUUCCUCCACAUCCAAGUGGAGAAACUAGCAACACUCUGGAGAUGGAGAGACUGCAGCUUCUUAAUGAGGUAAAGAAGAAGAACAACACUAAGGUGAUAGCAGAAAAAAUGGCCAAAACAUUCUCCUAUCGAAGGCUUGAGGUUGUGAGUGGUAGUCCAGCUGCCGAUGACUUCCAAGAGAGAUGGCCAGCUUUGUUUUGUGAAGCAGAGAUCAAAGAGGAAUUCAGGAGAAUUACUACAAUUUCCCUGGAGCAGAGAUUCAUGCACAAACUGGAUCACUACACACCAAGACUUAUUUCCCUGAUGAAGGCCAAGGGAGGUGUCGUGGGGACCAAGCUGAGGCCGCUCCUGGACAAACUGAGUCAGCACCAAAGCAUUGAAACGAAACGUGAAGCUGUUAUCCGCAGCCUUAUACUGUACCUUGCAGAGAAAGAAGAGGACCUUUUUGAAGAUUGCCAAGAGGACAGCCGCAGUGAUGCCACUCAACACAUCCUGAAGAUCCUUGUUGUUCAUGGUGCUGAUGGAGAGGAUCCAGUGGAUGUGUCCAUCCUUCUUGAAGGCAAGGAGAUGUUGCCAGGAUGCGGGAGUUCUGCUAAAGCUUGCGCGCUGGUCAUGGGGCUGAUUUAUGCCCUCAACCUGGCAUACCCCCCAACACUGCGCUACACUUUUGAAGUUUUUCAAAAACUUUUCCUAGAACUGGAUGGGAUUAAGCUGUCCCCAAAAAUACAAGCUUUCAAAUGUAAGUUGCUGUCUUAAAUGCUACCACCAUGGCAGGUGCAGUCAAUCUUGUUAGAGCUUAUGACAGUUUAGUUAACAUAUUAUACUCUACCACAAAGUUAAGAAUUUAUUAGUUUGAAAUCCAAUAUGUCAGUUACACACAGACAUGAUUUAAAAAGGAAAUCUACGUUUCUUUUUUUAUUUUACCACGCACUGUCAUGAAACACUUUAUUUUUUAUAAACACAUGCAGCUUUAGAGUUCAUCAGGACAUGUGUUGGCUUUUUGAUGAAGUAACAAUCUGUUGAACCACUCCUUACUGUUUGAAUGCAUUCACAAAGCCUGUUGGCAGAAUUUAUUACUUGCAUUCCUAACCCAAAUACAUGCAUUUUCUUUAGUCAUGUAAGCCUUGCAGUUGUUAAAAUGGUCAUGCUAGACACCUGAGUGUUUCACAGACUUCUGAUUUAAGAGUUUUUGGCUUGUACCUUGUGAAUUGAUAGAGCAGUGAUUUGAUAACAUUUAUAAAAAAAUAAAUUUGGACAAAAGAAAAACUGAAUAAUUGUAUUUUGUGUGUGAUUUGUGAUGCAAGUAUAUUGAAUGCAUAGGUAAUGAUAACAUUAAUUUGGUAAUAUUUAUCAAAAGAUAAUUUGAUGAAAAUGUCCAUAUUGUCAAUAAUAUAACUUUAUUACUGACUUAUUUACAAACAAAAAUAUAAUAAUAUCCUCUUAAUUAUUUCAUAACAGUAAAUAUUACUGUCAUAAGAUUUACUUAUUACGUUGAGCACAGCAGAUUUCCUGUCAGAAUUUUUUUAUUGACUUUACUUAAUUGUUUUAAAUAAAUAUAACUCAUACAAUACAUAUAAUUAAGUAAGCUUUACUGUAUCCCUACGAAUGUGAAGUUUAGUGGUAAGUACGUUUUACUAGGUUCAGGCUAAUGAGUUCUACUUGAUAUAAGAGCAGUACAAUUUACUUGAAAAGUACUAGUGCAAAUUGUUACGAGGAUUUUAUCAAGUAUAUCUUACAAGUUUUUUUUUUCAGUGUAGCUCUACUGUAGGUUUGUUGUGUAAUCUUUAGCGUAGCUUAUAAUAGUGAAGUUUACAGUAGGGUUUUGUAUAUUUAGCGUAGACUAAUCAAUUGUUUUAUAGUAUCAGUGUUGUGUAGUUUCAUUGUAGGUUUUGUAUUUAGGUUUAGCGUUAGUUGCGUAUACUCAAUGUUUUAGCUAGUCCAAGUUAGUUGCUACGGCCUACCUAGCAAUUUCUGUACAGUAGCUACCAGUACAGUGACCAACUGACACACCAAUCAACAACAAUUGCCAGGUGAGUACAGCUAGCCUACACGGGUGUAUGCAAUGUUAUUACGUGAAGUAUUUACGGUUAAUGUAGGAAUUAACUUAAGUUAGGAAUUACAUUUUUCUUAUUAUAACCAUUUGGUAAGGUCAGGUUCCCUAUGCUAAUGUGACAGUUGGAAUAACCUUUGAACUAACUCGGUACAAACAAGUACUGUAAAUCUUUUUGUCCAGUUAUAAUCAACAAGCGGCAAGCUGAUCGCACAAGAUGGCUGUCUCGUGAAUUUGUGGCUAAACAUUUGGACAAAAGCCGUUAUUUUGAUCGAGAGAUCCCAGACCCUCUGUACAAAUGAAAUGUACGAGGGUCUGGUUAGGACCAGGCUAACUUCUACUGGCCGGGCAUGCCUCUUUAUGGAUAGACCUGUAGCUACUAACUUGUUAUAUUUAUAGUAACCGAUUGGUCGGUCCAUUCUACAAUUUUAAAAGCUAUUGUAAAACCACGACUGGGAGAACUGCUAUAAAAUAAACGAGUAGCUAUAGUACUAGCUCGAGCUACUACUGUACGUACUGUACAAGUUAGCUCUAGCUUUGUCUACUGUAGCUCAGUACUACUAACGGAACAUUAGCCAGAUUUGCCAUCGUUUUCGAGCUACGACACUAACGUAACAAACACACUGUGUUCCAUAAUUGUAAUUAAAUAUGACUUGUUGCACAUAGUAAUGUUAUUUAUAUUAUUAUAUUA